AUGAUAAAGACAUGGAAUAAACGCAAAUUAAUAGAAACUCAUGAUUAUGAAGGACAAGAUGAGCUAGUUAUGGAAAUUUCACUUAUUAGGGUUCCAAUUAUGUCAAUGCUGAAUGUUGAUUCAGGAAAACCUAUUACACUUCGUCCCUUUAAGUCUCCAAUGUCUGGUCAUAUUCCUGGAUCAAGUGUUGAGAGUCAAAGAAUGACACUGGGGUGUAGAAUUCCACGUGAUUCUCUUUAUGGUAAUGUUUUGAAAAUCCCAAACUUUAAACUAUCUCCAAAAAUUGGUGAAGAUCUCCCAGCUUUAUCUGAACAUGCACUAAUAGAUAGGUUGAUUUUAUGGGAACCUAAAGAAAAUGAUGGAACACACAAAAUUGAAGUAGAUAAUAUCUUAACAAAGUGGCUAAGAGAGCAUCAAAGAUCAGGGGUUAAAUUUAUGUUUGAAUGCUUGAUGGGACUAAGAGCCUUUGAAGGCCAUGGAUGUAUAUUAGCAGAUGAUAUGGGACUGGGUAAAACAUUACAGUCGAUAACAAUUUUGUGGACACUUUUAAACCAAGGAUUUGAUGGUAAACCUGCGGUUAGAAAAGCUGUUGUUGUAUGUCCUGCAUCUUUAGUUAAAAAUUGGGCUUAUGAGAUAGAGAAAUGGUUAUUAGGUAAAUGUCCUUGCACAGCUGUUGCUGAAAAGGAUAGAGAAAAAGUUAUUUCAAUGUUUGCAGGAUUUAAAUAUGAUAGAGUUUCGAGAGUACUUAUAGCAUCUUAUGAAACGUUUAGAAUGCAUGCCUCUAACCUAGAUGGAGUACCUAUAGAUUUAAUUAUAUGCGAUGAAGCUCACAGACUGAAGAAUGACAAAACCAAGACUUCUAUAGCUAUAAAUAAUUUACCUGCAAAAAAAAGAUUGCUUUUAAGUGGCACUCCUAUUCAAAAUGACUUGAUUGAAUUCUACUCUCUUGUUUCAUUGGCAAAUCCUCAAGCUCUCGGAGAUGUAUCAACAUUUCGCAAAAUAUAUGCAAAUCCUAUUCUAGAAGGACGAGAACCAGAUGCUACUGAAUACCAACAAGACCUUGCUGCUCAAAGACUUCAAGAACUUUCAAAUAUAACAAAUUUAUUUAUUCUAAGAAGAGCAAAUACACUUCUAGCUAAGGUUUUGCCUCCAAAAAUAAUACUCAAUAUUUUUUGUCGCCUAACUCCAUUUCAAAGUUACUUGUAUAAAAAGUUUUUGAGAUCAGCAGCUUGUAGGAAGAUGCUUGAUACUGAAACAUCUUGUGGGAAUAGUCGACCAAUUGGGCUUACUGGUCAAGUUCUGUCCUCUAUUCAAUCUCUUAUGAAGUUAUGCAAUCAUCCUUCUCUAAUUAAACCAAAAAGCUCAGGAAGCUAUGGUAGAGGUUUUGAGGGUUGCGAGAAAUAUUUGGAACAGGCUCAAAGUAAAAGCUAUACAAGUGGAGGAUUUGGAAGUGGCGUAUUAUCUAGAAGAAAAGUUGGGAAUAAUAGGUCAGCUUACGAAUCCAGGCCUGAUAUUAGUGGAAAACUUUACUUGUUAUCUAGGCUUCUUUUUCAAAUACGCAGAAGUACGGAUGAUAGAGUUGUCUUAGUGAGUAACUACACCCAAACUUUGGAUGUGUUUGAGAGACUUUGUAGAGAUCUUCAAGUUCCCUGUGUGAGACUUGACGGAUCAACUAGUAUUACUAAAAGACACUCUAUGGUUAAGAUAUUCAAUGAUCCUAACUCUAAUAGCUUUGCAUUUUUAUUAUCUUCAAAAGCAGGAGGCUGUGGCAUAAAUUUGAUUGGAGCAAACAGACUUGUCAUGUUUGAUCCUGACUGGAAUCCUGCAAAUGAUAAGCAGGCUUUGGCUAGAGUUUGGAGAGAUGGACAAAAGAAAAACUGUUAUAUUUAUCGUUUUUUUUCUACUGGAACAAUUGAGGAGAAGAUAUACCAAAGACAGUUAUGUAAAGAUGGACUUAGCGCAAUGCUAGUGACAACAAGCGGAGACAACCAAUUAAAGGAUGCAAUUUCUGCUGAUUUGGUUCGAGAUUUAUUUGUCUUAAGAGAAGAAACAAUUUCGGAUACGCACGAAAUGAUUCAAUGUAGUAGAUGCUAUACCAAUGGACAAACUAACUAUAUGAUCCCUCAGCUUGAAGAGUUAGAGGAAGAUAAUUUAAAUACAUGGGCACACUAUCACGAUGUAUUGCAAGUGCCAGAUGAAGUGCUAGCGGAAACCUUAGCAGAGUGUCAUAGUGAAAUGGAAGUAAAAGAAAAAGCUACUGUAAAUCCACUUGAUCUCCCUCCAGGGUUUCAGCCUGUAUCUUUUGUAAUGGGGUGUAGAGUCGAGUUACAAGAUGUGAUCCAGUCUGGGGAAGAAGCAGACAAGGAAAAUAAGGAUGGGCAGAACGUGAAUAAUUUAGUAGUUAAUGUUUUUGGUCAAAAAACGCAAGUAAAGAAGAAGACUGAAUUGACAGAUGAAUAUUCAGAAGAACUUGAUAGUGAAAGUGAAAACUUCUGCUCUGAUGAGGAUAUGACUGAACAUGAUUUGCUGGUGGAAAACAUAGACUCUGAUGAUUAA